AUGCACACGGACCUCGACUCCGACAUGGACACGGACACAGAAACCACAGCACUCUGUCCCUCCGGCAGCCACAAGGCCUCCCCACCAGGGACACCCACACCAGAAGCAGAUGCUACACUGCUGAGGAAACCAGAGAAACUGCUGGCUGGGCUGGCCCGGGGCGGGCCCCCCUCUGCCCCUGGGGUCCCCAGGCGGAGAGGCAGUAUGCCUGUGCCCUACAAGCACCAGCUGCGGCGGGCCCAAGCUGUGGAUGAACUUGACUGGCCAACCCAGGCCUCAUCCUCCGGCUCCUCCGAUUCCUUGGGCUCAGGGGAUGCGGGCUCUGCCCCAAAAGACGGCAUCUUCAAGAUCAUGCUGGUGGGGGAGAGCGGCGUGGGCAAGAGCACCCUAGCAGGCACUUUCGGUGGUCUCCAGGGAGACAGUGCUCACGAGCUGGAGAACCCAGAGGACACCUAUGAGCGACGCAUCACGGUGGAUAAGGAAGAAGUGACUCUAGUUGUUUAUGACAUCUGGGAACAGGGAGACGCAGGGGGGUGGCUGCGGGACCACUGUCUCCAGACCGGGGAUGCCUUUCUCAUCGUCUUCUCGGUCACCGACCGGAGAAGCUUCUCCAAAGUUCCAGAGACCCUCCUUCGGCUGCGGGCUGGGAGGCCCCACCACGACUUUCCGGUCAUCCUCGUGGGAAACAAGAGCGACCUGGCCCGCUCCCGGGAGGUGUCACUGGAGGAGGGCCGCCACCUGGCCGGGACGCUGAGCUGCAAGCACAUCGAGACGUCGGCGGCGCUGCACCACAACACCAGGGAACUCUUCGAGGGCGCCGUGCGCCAGAUCCGGCUGCGACGAGGCCGCGGCCGGGCGGGGGGCCAGCCGUCCGAGUCCGGCAGCCCGGAGGGCCCGGCGCCGCCCGCACGCCGCGAGAGCCUCACCAAGAAGGCCAAGCGCUUCCUCGCCAACCUGGUGCCACGCAACGCCAAGUUCUUCAAACAGCGCUCCAGGUCGUGUCACGACCUCUCCGUGCUCUGA